AUGGCAGCAACCCAUCCGCAUGUUGCGGCACGAGGGUACGGGUCAAAUGCGACAUACAUAUUUGAGUACUCUAGGGGGUUGGGGGGCGUGGACGUCCCUCGCGAUGUGAUCAUUACUCGGAUCAUCUACGUUUCCCUGAGCGCCGUGGCAGUCGCAUUGUUCUGUGGCCGGGUCGCCCAGAUCAGCCAUGCCUAUCUACGCCAAAUCACCGCAUCUAGCGCAGACAAGCGCCAGCAGACUUUCUGGGCCCAGGAACAAUCAAGAUGGUGGUCCAAAAUCAAGAAGCAUAUCCUCUAUGCCCCACUAGGAAAAAAGAGACACAACCGAGAAUUACAGCUCUCGUCUGCUGUCAAUGUCGGCACCUUACCCUCCCGACUGCAGACCAUCCUGGUCGCACUAUACUUCACUAGCCAAGUCGCAUACUGCUUUGUUCUGGACUAUAGAGUCAACAAAAAAGCAGCCUUAUUGGCCGAGCUGCGUGGCCGAUCCGGGGUAAUGGCCGUCCUCAACAUGGUCCCGCUCUUCCUCCUCGCCGGCCGAAAUAACCCCUUGAUUGCAAUCCUUCACGUUAGCUUUGACACAUACAAUCUCCUCCACCGCUGGCUAGGCCGCAUGGUCGUCCUUGAGGCAGUCAUACACACAGCUGCAUGGACUGUCAACGCCGUCGACGAGGAAAACUUCUCCCUCAUGCUCGUCCGCGUACGUGAUACCCCCUUCUUCUUAUGGGGCUUGAUAGGCACAGUCGCAGCGGUUUUCCUCAGUCUACACUCUCCUUCACCCAUCCGCCACGCUUUCUACGAGACCUUCCUACAUCUGCACCAACUCGCCGCCGUGCUCACCUUUGUGGGCGUAUACCUCCACCUCCAGCUGGAUAAUCUCCCGCAGCAAAGCUGGGCGAGAUCAAUCGCCUGCAUGUGGCUGGGCGACCGACUCGCGCGACUCUUCCGCCUCAUUCACCUGAACGUCUCGACCUCAGGCACAACCACGAUGGUCGUUCAAGCUCUCCCAGGCGAAGCCUGCCGCGUAACCUUCCACCUGCCCAAACUGGUCCAGAUCGAACCAGGCUGCCACGUCUUCGCCUACGUCCCCAGCAUUUCAUGGUGGAUGUCACACCCAUUCUCAAUCGCCUGGACCGAACCCAGCACGAGCAGCACCGCAGCCUCAAUCCCCUCCCCAGCCCAACGGCAAACACGGGGCAAAGAAUCCGCCGAUGUGGAAAAACAAUCGGACCUCCUCAAUAGACUCUCAAAACCAUCCACCCAAGUCUCCCUCAUUAUCAGCGCCCGAAAAGGCAUGACCCGCCGUCUCUACAACGCCGCCGAUGCUUCCCCCUCCAAAACCCUCACAUUAUCAGGCUUCAUCGAAGGCCCCUACGGCUCACACCCAACAAAUCCCUCCAGCUACGGCACAACAGUCCUCUUCAGCGCUGGCGCAGGAAUCACCCACCACCUGCUCUACACGCGCGCACUCGUGACCGCCGCAGCACAGAACACCGCCGCAACGCGGAAAGUCUACCUGAUCUGGUCUGUCCGGUCUACAGAUCACCUCACCUGGGUGAGCGGCUACAUGGACCAGAUCCUGCGCUUGCCAGAUCGGCGGGAUAUUCUCGUUGUCAAGCUUUUCAUCUCGAAGCCGCGUCGUGCGACGGAUGUCGUGAGUCCUUCUGCGACGGUGCUGAUGCAUUCUGGGAGGUGUAGGCCGGACGUUGUUCUUGAUGAGAUUUUGCCGGGGAGAACCGGGGCUAUGCUGGUGAGUGUUUGUGGGCCUGGGGCUUUUGCGGAUGAGGUUAGGGCUGCGGCGAGAGAGAGGAUUGGGAAGGGGGCCGUGGUAGAUUUUGUGGAGGAGGCUUUUACAUGGUGA